AUGAAUGGAGAUAUCAAUCAACGUGUCAAAAACUAUGUUUAUGGUGGUGGACGUUAUCUUGGAUUAUGUGCCGGUGCUUACUAUGCAUCCUCGGAUAUCGCGUUUGAAGUGGGAACACCAAUGGAAGUCAAAGGACCUAGGGAACUUGGAUUCUAUCCUGGUCAAUGUCGCGGUACAAUGUAUCCUGGUUUUGUCUACAAUAGCAACAAAGGUGCACGUGCAGUUCAUAUUCAUAUAGGGAAUCAACAACAAAAUACAAUUGCAAUGUUUUACAAUGGAGGUGGUUUCUUCGUCAAUCCUGAACAAUAUCCUGAAGUGACAGUGGUAGCAACUUAUUCCAAUAACAAAGAUGAUGAUGAAAAAACAACAACAACAACAGCAGCAGCAGCAGCAGCAGUGGUGAUGUGUAAAGUGGGAAAUGGAUUAGCAUUAUUAUCGGCUGUACAUCCUGAAUAUGAUGUGACAACGACACCAGGUUUGGAGGAAGCGGAUAAUAGUGAACAACUGAUUGCAAUACUCAAAGAGAGUCGAGUUUCUUGUCUUGACUUUUUACGAAAACAAUUUAGCUUCUUAGGACUGAACGUUACGCCAAACAACACUAUAUCUGACAUGACAGCGACAUCACUCCAACUCACACCCAUCUAUCUCUGUGGUAUGACUCGUGCAUUGACGGAUACUAUUACUUCAAAUUUACUUGAACUAGCAAAAGGUCGGGUGAUCAAAGAUGCCAGCAAUCAAUUUUAUCUCACUCCUUGGUCUGACAACAACAAUAACGACAAAAACAAUAAGGACGAUGAAGAUAUUCUUUUGAACGACUUGAAUGCCAAAUGGGAAAAACUAUCUGUCUCCAACACUACAGCUGCUUUGGAUAAUACCAAUGAUACAAUUUCACUAAUGAUUCAUCAUCCUUCUUCAACUAUUACUGAACAAGAGAAGGCACAAUAUCCAUCAUCAACUAUGACACCAUUCUUUGACAUUGGCGCUUACUUUUCUUCUCUUAAACAACAUCGAACAAAGGAAUGGGGUGGUGGAAAUUGGUAUCAUUUUGGAAAUGCUAUGCUUUAUUCGGAAGUGAUUACUAGUACACAAACAGUUUUGGACAAAAAUUAUUCAUUUUCUCAAGCAUUUCCUUCUGGUCGAGGUCGAAACUCUUGGGUAUCUCAAUCAGGUGCAUUACAAUUCAGUUUGGAAGUUCGACACAGUCUUCAACUUUCACAUGCACCUGUUGUUUUCAUUCAAUAUAUCAUUGCCCUUGCUGUAGUGGAAAGUAUCCGAAGUCGUCCUGGCUAUGAGCAAGUUCCUUUACGUUUGAAGUGGCCCAAUGAUAUUUAUGCUGAUGUACCAGGUCAAGGUUUGAAAAAAGUUGGUGGAUUAUUAGUGAAUUCUAGUUUUGUAUCAAAUGAAUUUUUGUUGAUAAUUGGAUGUGGUAUCAACUUAUCCAAUAGUCAACCUACCGUAUCCAUCAAUGAUGUGAUAUCGGAACAUAAUCCAUCCUUAGCAAGAUUGACUCCUGAAGAUGUAUUAGCCGGUAUCCUAGUAACCUUUGAACGAUUUUACAAUCAAUUCUGUGAAGAAGGCAUGGGAUCCUGGUUUUUGGAUAUCUACUAUAAGCGAUGGUUACAUAGUGACAAGUUGGUGACUUUGACAACACAUGAUAAUGUACGAGCAAGAAUCAUUGGUAUUACUACCGACUAUGGCAUGUUGGAAGUGGUGAAUGCAGACAAUAGCAAUCAACGAUAUGUUUUACAACCUGAUGGAAAUAGCUUCGAUAUGUUGAAGGGUCUUAUUAUCAAAAAAUCGUAG